CGGGGCGGCCGCCGGAGCGCGGUGCUGGCGGGCGGGCCUGGCGUGAGUAGCGCCUCAAGCGGGCUGAGGCUUUGCCCCGCUGCCCCCAGCCUCGGGGUUGGCUGAGCCUGGCGCUAAGGAGGCGAGGAGAGGCUGGGGGAGGGAGGAUGCUGAGCCGCUGAGGGAGAAGUUGAAGCUGCCCGUGGCAGAGGAGUGGGAGUCGCUGCUUCUCCGAGAGGGGAGCUGAGCGAGGAAGCAACGUCCAAGAGCUUCUCAGCCUGCGAGCCUGGCUCACGCCCCUUGUCUAGGAGCAGGAGACAGAAGAACUCAGGAUGAGUAAAAAAAAGAAUGUUGACAUUCAAAAUCCAUGCUGUGUUCUCUGUGCACGGACAGAUGACUGCCCUGAAAAGUAUGGAGAAAAAAGAACCUAUGUUGAGUACAAGCUCACUGUUCAUUACUACUGUUUGUUGAUGUCAAGUGGCAUAUGGCAGAGAGGGGAAGAAGAUGAAGGUGUAUAUGGAUUCUUAAUCAAAGAUAUUAUAAAAGAAGUAAAGAGAGCUUCCAGACUGAAAUGUAAUAUCUGUAAGAAAAAGGGUGCUUCAAUUGGAUGUGUAGCUCCCAAAUGCAAAAGAAGUUACCAUUUUCCUUGUGGGAUACAAAAGGAAUGUAUUUUCCAGUUUAUGGAAGACUUCAGAUCAUACUGUUGGGAACAUAAACCUGUUCAAAACUUUCCAAAUAAAGAAUCUGGAGGAACUUCACAGUGUACAAUAUGCCUGGAUUUGGUUGAACAACUUCCAGUGUACAAUGUAUUGAAAAGUCCUUGCUGUAAAAACGCUUGGUUUCAUCGACAAUGCAUACAGUAUCAAGCUUUGAGUGCUGGGAUAUUUUUCUUUAGGUGCACAGUAUGUAAUAACAAGGACAAAUUUCAGAAAGAAAUGUUGAGAAUGGGCAUACACAUUCCAGAAAAGGAUGCAUCUUGGGAACUUGAAGAGAAUGCCUAUCAAGACCUACUUCAAUGUUAUCAACACUGUGACAUUAAAAGAUGUCGUUGCAAGAAAGGAAGAGACUAUAAUGAACCUGAUAGUAAAUGGGAAAUAAAGCGUUGUCAGUCUUGUGGAUCCCGUGGAACUCAUUUGGCCUGUUCGUAUAUGAAGUCAUGGGAGCAAAACUGGGAGUGCAUGGAAUGCAGAAGUAUCUUUGCAAAAUCAGGCAACUAUAGCAAACAGAAAAAGCGUUCUUUGGCUACCUGUGAAAAGACAGAUGGAACACCUUGUUUGCUGGAAGAGCCAUCUCCAAAGCGCCAUCGGAAGUCUCCUGGAUCUCAACGCAGUGUUCUUCUCCAAUCAUCAAAGAUAAUGUGCCAGAACACCUUGUCACCCUGCUCACCCAUAGAACUUCCAGCAUCCAACAGAGUGACGAUGUCUUUACCUCCACUGAUGUCAAGCAGGAACUUGUCCCUGAGGAAAAAGCAUUUAAGACAGCAAAUAAGGGAAGUUUCUAAUAUACUGAAGGAAUUAAAGCUACAAGUUAAUAAAAAAACUACAACGCUUAACAUCAAUGCAAACAAUAUCUGGAAUAGUUCUUUAAAAGGAUUUAGACAACGCAGCUUCAGUCCUACAAACACCAUCAAAAUAAAGUUCACCAACUGCCAAAAUAGAUCAAAGACAGAUAUUUCUGCUGCAUCAAAACACCAUUUCUUCCAAUUAUUAAUGCUUCACCUUCAGAAUUCUUCACUGUUUGAGGGCUCUUCUGCAAAGAACUUGUCCUUUGAUUUUCAAGCUGUAAAAGAGAAUCUUUAUUUUGAAGCUGGUAAAAUGAUUGCAGUUUCUCUGGUUCAUGGGGGCCCAUCUCCUGGUUUCUUUUCCAAAACACUGUUCAAUUGUCUUGUCUAUGGUCCAGAGAAUGUGAAGCCAGCUUUGGAAGAUGUUGCUGAUGUUGAUGUAGCACAAACAAUAAAAAUGAUAAAAUACGCAAAUAGUCUGUCCAGCCUAGAGUCUACAAUAUACAACUGCCAUGAAUUCCUUGCUGCUGCUGGAUGUUUAAGACCUAUAACAGCUUUGUGUGAUAAGAAUAUGCUGGUGAAUGACAUACUGAUCCAUCAUGUAAUCAAGAGAGUUAAAUUACCUCUGGAAAGUUUUAGGCAAGGUUUAGAAACUCUUGGUGUGUUGGAGAAAAUGCAAAUGCAUCCAGAUGUGUUCUCCCAUGUAUUGUGCCACAAACCUGAAAGACUUUCAGCAGAAACUGUUUGUGAUCUCUUUACAAUCCAUUCCUCAUCAGAUGUAAAUAAAGGUGAAGGUGCUGAUUUUUGGAUGGGUUAUUUGCAAGAUGUGGAAAGUGGUGAGUCUCUGGUGACAUUGGAGGAUAUUCUGCUCUUCACAACAGGUUCUUCUUCUAUACCACCCAUUGGUUUUGAUCCCGAACCUACUGUUAAAUUUUUGCAUAUAAGUUAUCCCAUUGGAAAUAGACUCCUUAAUUGCUUAGAGCUCCCUAUAACAAAGACAUACGAGAAGUUUAAAAAGAAAAUGGAGUUCACCAUCAGAAACACACUGAGACUUGAAAGAGAGUAAGUAUUUUGCUACUAAACUGGAUGUUGGAAAUUUCCAUUUUCUGCAGGAUCAUUGCUUGCAAAUUGCUACUGUGUUUUUGGAUAGCGUGCUCUUGGCCUUUCGCUGCUUCUUCCCCAAAGAUAUGCUAGAAGUAGUAAUCUUGCAAAAUGGAAAAAAUUUUCAAAUGAAAAUACACUAUCUGUUUAAUCAUCUUCCUGUUUGAAGUUGACCUUAAGUGUCAGCAAUCUCUUGCAUAAGUACUUUAAAUGUCUACUUUUGCUGUAGACAGGUGUGAAAAUUUACCAGCCUCUGUAACAUUCUAGCUGUUUUGAACAGGUAAAUAUGUUGAUUGUAUUACAUAAUACAGUAACUUAUUUAUCAAAGUCAAAUAGGGUACAUUUUGAAGAGGACUGUCUCAAGUGAAACUGAUGUAGUUCUUCAGUUGUUCCCUGUAUAUUUUUUUCAAUAAUUGUUUUUAUAUUUAUGAUUCAUUUACAUUUUGAUGAUUCAUACAAACCUAUGAAAGUUAAAAUACUUGGAGUUUUAUGGUCAUUGUGGUUAGUGCAUUAAAAUACAAUUAAGGUCUGGAGAAAACCUAGGCAAAAUAAUAAGAUGCAAAGGAACAAAAUCUGGUUGAACUUGAGUUUCUGUUAUUAAACAAAAUCUGUGACAUUUGCACACAUUUCUGCAUUCUACUGCUAUACAUUAGUUUUUAAUUAUGUAUAUAGCCAAAAUAGUAAAAACUAGAAAUACAUUUUGAAUAUGCAACAGUAAGUGGUCCUUCAAAAUUAAAUAGAGGAGUUAGACUUACUGAGAAUGAAAUGUUAAGAUUUUGUUGCUCAUCAGAAUAUAUUACUUCAUCUUCCAUGGAAAUCAUUUUUGUAGGAAUAUUCACUAAAACUAUUAAGUUAAAGGCAGAUAAGUAGUGAAAUUUCUACAUGGUAACAAUGUUACUAAUGAUAAAAAUAUGAAACUAAAAGGAUAUACAAGUACAGGUAUUUUAAAUGUAAGCAGGUGUCUCUUGAAAUUACUGUUUCCCCCCCCAUCAGUUUGAUCACCUAUACUAUGUGCUAAACAUAGAUUGUGCUAUAGAUGUAUAUAGAUUUAUAUAUCUGUAUAUACCUAAACGUAUCCACAUUCUUCAAAAUACUGAACGAUAAUCAUAAAUUUAUAAUCAAUAUAGCUUUUUUUUUAAUUGAAAAUACACGCAGGCUUGCUCUGUGUUUUACUGUUUUGGCAAGAAAGUACAUCCACAAUAAAUUAGAAAUGGACAGAUGCUUCUAAAAAAUAAUAAUGCAAACUAAUCUGGCUUCAGGUUCUGAUUUAUGAUUCAUUGCAAGUAUUCCUCUAAUUAACAAAUUGCAUUACUAAAUGCUAAUUACAUGGCAGUAUAUUGCAACUCAAGGACUGCAGAAGUGGUAGUCAAGACUUAUUACAUUGAGACCAUGCUAUGAAAGGUUAAAGACAGAGGCAGGUGCACAGGUAUUUUGAAAUCUUUCUUAAACUUCUACAGUUUCUCUUUCUUGAUCUUGGGAGAGGUGCUAAUCUUUUUUUUCAUACAGACCUAUUUCCGGCACUGGGUAACAAAAGCAUGCAUGUAUGCCACUUUUUUUGAUGUGUUGGGUUUUUUUAUAUUACAAAGUUUCUAAAUUACUGCAAGACUCACUACUUUCAAACAGCUAAAACUAUCUCAUCUCGUCAAAGUCCUCUCAUUAGAAAUUUAAGAAUAUUUUAAAUUAAGACAGGGCUAGUGGUGUUUUUCUGUUUCUGAGCUAAAAGCAUAUUAAAAUCCCCCUUAAAAUAAAUGUACAAGCUCUUGCAAAUAUAAUUUGACUUGUUUAUAUAUUAAGCGUUUUCUCAUUCUCUUCAUUUUCUCCUACGAUAUUAUUCCAUGUUUGUCAUCUUCACAUAAUUUUUGAAUGUCAUACUGCCAAUAACUUCUUUAUUUCCUUACCCUUCAGAAUGAUCUGUUACUAUCAAAAGGAAGAUUGUUGCAAAUUUGUCUGCAUAAUAAGGAUUCAUGUUGUAUGUUUAUAUUUUUAAAACAUAGCAAUUUGUCUCCUGCAGAGUAUUAUAUUUUAAAAAUAAGUAGUGUACCCAAUAUAGCAUUCCUUUUUCUUGUUUAGUUAGAGUUAAAUGUCUUCUGUAAUACUAUGUUCCAUUUCUGUGUGGGAAGUACAGGAAUUACAGAAAUGGCAAGCAAAGUGUAGAUAAUUUUAAAGGACAAAUCUUGGGGUUUUGGUACCAGCAAUGGCGAGGGAAAGUGUUUAUAACUUGGAACUAAAUAAAACUGCUUUUUAAAACCUUCAAUGGAGAAAGGAAUAAGGUAACAUGGAUACAAAGUUUCAAAAAGCAUUAGAGAUAAAAAUUGGGUUCACAUCUUUUGCAUAUUAAUUUUGAAUUCAGCAGUUGAUAAGUUGUAAAUAAACGUAGAACUAACCUAUUUGUCAGCUGUAAGAGAAAUCUUCAAGUUUACUUUAAAACUGUAUGCUAUAAAAUAUUGCUUGAAAAUAUUUUUGCUUACACAGAAUUUGUUCCCAUUUUCUAAUACUGAUGUACACAUUCAGGACGUGUCCUUUAUUUUUUGUUUAAUCAGCUUUAUCUGGACAUUCUAAUAUAAUCCUUUAUAUAUUCAAGUUGUGUUCCUAAAUGCUACUGUGAAGAGGAACUUGCUCAUUUAUGUUCAUUUAUAUAGGCCAAUAUUAAAUUUUCUCUUAACCGUUCAUUAAAAUUCCAUUGAAUAAGCUGACUUGAACCCAUCAAAAUACAGAAAGAUCUCUUUUGUCUAGAAACUGUAAGAGACAUUUCUGUAGCUAUAAUGACCAUCAGGUUUUUACUUUGCUAUAGCAGGUCACUGAAGUGCAAUAUUAUUGGGUAAUUUUUGUUUUACAUAAACUUUAAUGUGAGGCACAUCUGGAAAUUACAGAAGUUGCUUACUUUCAGUAUUUCUGUAACACAAGGAGAAUAAUUGCAUAUGUAUUAGCUGUUGUCUAUUAAGCAUAUUUUUAUAGAAGUUGCAUUUUUAUUUUUUUUAAAAAAGAUUUAUCAGGGCCACAAGGGAGCUAUUGCAGUCCUCUUUCUUUGACUGUGUUUGGGCAAAGGACUUCACUCUGCAGUUUGUGCACUGAACCCUAAGCUUCCAUCUGGAAUUAGAACAUCAAAUAAGCUAUUUAUUUUCUAGAGUGAUAAUUUUCUAGUAAAAAGCAAUAGAUUAGUAUUAGUGGUUUUAGUAUGGUCUCCUUAAAAAUGCACAUAGAAUUUAAAACAAAACAAAACAAAAAACAACAAAACAAACAACCACAAGUAUUUUAGAUCUAUGUUUGAAAAGCCAAGAGAAGAAAUUUCUAUUAAUUGCUUUCACCCCUGCAAAGGAUGCUUGCUAGAAAAAGCCAUUAUCAUUUUCAGCUGGUUUGAGUGAAAUCUAGUCAAAAGGAGAAGAAACUGGUACCAGUUUAUACUUAGGGUCUAAAUUGUGUGCUGCAGCUUUUCCUUUUCGCAUUAACAUGUUCAGUCUUGGGAUUGGAAGACUUGAGGAUUUUGAGAGGUAUAUUCAAAAUGUAGAGCAGAGUAUUAAUCACUAAUUCACACAGAGCUCAUGUUCUUAUUUUGAAUGUGCAGUUUGAAAAUAGUAUCAAAACAUUCUCAUCCAAAUAGGAAAUGCAAUUCUGGAGACUACAAAAUACGCUUUUGAAGUUUAUCUUGAUAUUCUGUAUUAUAUGAUAAGGCAUUUAGGGUAAAGCAUUUUCAAGCUCAAGCAUUACUGUUCUUUAGGGAAGGUAAUUGCUGGUUGAAUAAAAAAAAAUGCAAAGACUUCUGAAAUGUGAUAAGGAUACAGAAAAUCACCAUGAAAAUAUUAAAGUUUGUAAAAAAACAUUGCAACCCACUGAUUUUGUAUUGCAUAAACAAUGUUCUUUAUAAAGUUAUGGUAAUAAGAGUAUUACACAAGAAAGUAUAGUUUUGUAAAUAGUUUUAGCUCUAACAUGAACUGCAGGAGCAGUGCCUGAAAUGUUGUAUCCUCAAGCAACAGCUGUAGUGUCAGUGUUGAAAUUAUCAGUAAUUGCGGGAAAUAACUGUCAUGUAUAUGUUCAAAGUGCAAUAAA